AUGCGAAUUCAUGCUUCAACGUUGGGGCUGGCUGCCUACAUGAUAGGUGCUGCAAGCACAGCAGAUUCGGCCUCAAACACGAUCAUAUUAUUCGGUGGUGGUCUGCCAUCGCCUCCUGUUCUCGAGAGUGGGCGGCAAUUGACAUGGACGAAGAACUCAAACGUCACAGUUCGCCAAGCAUGGAUAAGAAAGAAAGACGACAAUAACACCGUUGUCGCACGGGCGGCCAGAAGCGGGACAGACCAUUACACGAAAGAAAGUGCGAGGGACACAGAAGCUCGACGAAGAGAAAUCGCAGGGCCAACAGAAGGGGGAUUCAUCUUGGACAGUGCGGAUUUGGUAUCCGAGACUGGUGGUUCUAUAACGCUGGAUUAUAAUGGCCAGAAGAAUGACUACGUACUCUACACUGCGGUCUUAACGCCAUUGUACCUGCAAAUAGACUGGUUUCAGGCAGAUGAUCUCAUGGGAUCCAGCUAUAGCUCACUCUUCGCUGUGUCGGACGGCACCACGGCGAGCGCCGAGUUGAACAAUGCCCUGACUGAAGCCAACGGGCAAUCAUUAUACGACCCAGCAUACAGUGAAUGCAGCAGCGGUUAUGGCUGCGGGCAAUCGACAACGAGCACCCCUUCGGCGAUUUUGCCCUCUGUGGAUUCCACUUCAGCCCCAACAAGCACCGUCUCCCCAACCGUAUCCAGCGCCUCGAGCAGCAACAGCAACAACGCAUCGACGGGCCUCUCCACCGGCGCCAUAGCCGGCAUAGCAGUAGCCUGUGGCCUCGUGGGCCUGGCACUGAUCGGCGGCGCCGUCUGGUUCCUGUGCUUCCGGCGGCGGCGCACCUCGCACGCCGCCCUGGGCCAGAGCAACGGCUACGCCUCGGACGGGGUCGGGGCCAUCAUGGCGGACAAGGAGAUGCCGCACGCGACGACGGACAGCCCGCACUCGGCAUACGCGGCCGACAGGAGCCAGCUGCACGACCCGCACGAGACGGCGAGGAGCUCCAUGGUCGGCGCGGGCGCCAUCGGUGCCGGCACGGGUCUGAUCAGCGGCGGCGGCCGUGGUGGCCACGGCGCUGCCCAAGGCGGCGAUGACGCAUAUGCGCCCUACAGCGACCACACGCCGCCGCCGCCUGGCGUUGCGGCGAGGGGGCUCGGCUCCGAGGGCACGGGGCCCAUGGAUAGUCAGACGAGCUUGCCUACCGGGGGCGCGAGGAGCCCGACGCCGCCGACCAGCACUCGAUAUGCGCAUCUUGUGGAGGAGGGCAUGACGGCUGAUGAGAUCAGGAGGUUAGAGGAGGAGGAGAGGGCCUUGGAUAUGGCGAUUGAGGAUGCUGGGCGGUCGAGUCGUGCUCAAUGA